AGGUUGUAUUAAACUUGAUAAGAUACUUUUAAUCAGGGUCAAACAGUAUUUGAACCUCUACCAUUCUUUUGUUCUUUCCCACCGACGUUAGCAUGAAGAUUUUAAAAGCUGCUCUCAUACUUUCCCUUAUUGGUCUUGUUGCCGGAGAAGCAUGUGUCAGCAAGUACCAAUGUAUAGAUGUAGGGUGUAUUCAUCACACAACCCUCACUUGCCAGAACAACUUGUGUACAUGUACCCCAAUUACUGACGUAUACAGAUGCCUUUCCCCCGGGGACUGCAGACGACACACUGGAGUAUGUUAUACGGAAUGGGAGUGCAUUCAGGAACAAUGCCGUUGUAAAUGAAUUUAUACCUAUGUAAAA